GAAGACAAUAUUGUGCGUCCCACAAAUCUGAUCCACUCACGAGAAAAACUAAGCACACACUCAGGCGCACACACAUAUACAUACAACAUAUACAUACAUACAAUUCAUAACAAUAACUUUUUCUUCGAAGCUUCAAAUUAUACUCUUUAAUCAAAAAAUUCAUGUUCAAGAAUUCCACUUGUUUAUAUCAAAUUCUGAAAAAUCAAUUAACUUUUUGAAUUGGGUGUCUUUCAUACCACUUGUUUAUAUCAAAUUCUGAAAAAUCGAUAAGCUUUUUGAAUUGGGUGUCUCUCAUUUGAAGCCCUAACCCUAACCCUAACCCUAAUUCCAAAGUUUCAGCAAAUUCAAGCUAUACCAUCAAGAAAAUAUUAAACACAUGCUCUCAAGAAUGAGAUUAUCGAAAUGAAUUUGAGUCCUCUUUCAAAUUCAAUCACACCCCCUUCCGAGCCUGAUGAAACCCUAACCCUAGAAUCACACAAUCCCAUUUCACCAGGUCAAGAUUUGUUCUUUUUGCUUUCAGAUAAAAUCUUGACUCUUAUACUCUCAAAUCUUACAAAAAGCCAGCAAAUUUCCGCCUGUUUGGUUUGUAAAAGGUGGUUAAAGAUUAGUGGUGGUUUGCUGACGUCAUUGAGGUUAUUAGAUUGGGAUUUUCUUGAUUCUGGUAGACUUUCUUACCGUUUUCCUAAUCUUGUUGAUGUUGAUAUUGUUCAAGCUUGUAUAAUAUCCAAUCGAAAUAAUUCGGGUGUUUGUUUGAGUGAUAAGUUUGUGUCUAUUCAUGUUGAUUUGUUUAUAUCAGAUAAUGGGUUGUUUUGGAAACCUGAAUUUUUGGGUGCUCGGGUGAUCGAUAGAGGGGUUCGGGUUCUGGCACAAGGGUGUCGUAAUUUACGGAGGCUUGUGCUGCUCGGUGCGAGCGAAGACGGUUUGGGUUAUAUCGCGAAUGAGUGUUUGGCUUUACAGGAACUAGAGUUAUGUUCAUGUACAGAUUUGGAUUUAAAAGGGCUUGCAGGGUUUCGGAACUUACAGAUUUUGAAACUAGUUGGUUCGGUUAACGGGUUGUAUGGGUUGGUGAUUUCGGAUAUCGGGUUGACUAUUUUGGCUCAAGGGUGUCCGAGAUUGUUGAAGCUUGAGCUUGUUGGUUGCGAAGGGAGUUACGAUGGGAUUAAAGCGAUUGGUCAAUGUUGCCAAAUGUUGGAGGAGUUGACGCUUUGUGAUCAUAAUUUCGAAGGCGGGUGGUUAGCUGCGUUGUCGUAUUGCAUGAAUUUGAAGACGUUGAAGUUUCAAUCGUGCAAGUUUAUCGAUCCGAGUCCAGGUCCUGAUGAGUAUUUAGGUUCUUGUCUUACGCUAGAAGAGUUACGUUUGGAGAGGUGUCGGUUGAGAGAUAAGCAGGGUCUCGGAGCGUUGUUUUUGGUGUGUGAAGCUGUUCGGGAGUUGGUUUUCGAGGAUUGUUGGGGAUUGGAUAACAACUCGUUCGGUGCCGCAAGUAUUUGUAGGAGAGUGAUGUCUCUGUCGUUGGAAGGAUGCUCAUUGCUUACAAUGGAUGGUUUCGAGCCUGUAGUUCUUUCAUGGAAAGAGCUUAAAAGACUUACAGUAGUUUCCUGUAACAACAUAAAGGACAGCGCUAUGACACCCGAACUAGCGACCCUUUUUACUCUUCUUAAAGAGUUGAAAUGGCGCCCAGAUUCCAAGUCUAUUCUCUCGUCGGGUUUUGAGGGCACAGGAGUAUGGCAGAAAGGUGGAAGAAGCUUCAAGAUUUGAUCUUUUUUUAUCGAAUCGAUGGUCACGACACAGUAGUCUUAGGAUUUAGAGAACAAGCGUGUUACAAAUCACUAUAGGCGCGCUCUUUAUCUAGUUCCAUUUCGUUAUUUUAUUUCCAUGUAUAGUUCUUUACAAAGUUAUCUAUACUUGUUCUAAUUUUGCCAUAAACAGUAGUCUUAGUAUUUAAAUAAACAAGUGUAUUACAAGUCACGAUACGCUUCUUUUG